GAUGCCCACUGAAAUGCUGGCAGCUUCCCACCUCACUUGCUUCAGCUUCGAAUCGCCGGAGCUUUUAGAGCUGUGGGUAAUUGGCCGUUAUUUCCGGGGCCCAUCAGCCAUCUGCCAUCUGCUUCAAUUUCACCACCGAGCCCCCUACGUUCUCUCUUAUUUUUUUGAUAUCAUAUCACAUCACAAGCGGGUGCCGAUCGCGGAUCAUCUCUCGUUGGCCUUUUUUUAUGCCAAGCUGUCCUUGUGUUCACGUCUCUCAGGGUACAAGAGACCGAGGCUCCCGUUUCUCAGGAACAAGUCCCAAGCCCUCAGCUCACUUCUGGCCCUUGAGCAACUAACUCCCCAUUAUUUAUUACUAAUCACCCUAUAUCAUACCGUACUCUGCCGUCUUCUUGCCACCAGCAGUGAUGCCGUAUCACGCUGCUGCAUAGCAUAGCAUGCGCACGCCGUUGCGAAGCGAAUGCGACCUGCCUGAUGGAAGCUCCCGAAGAGUGACCGCCAUUUGUCCGCCAUCUCCCCCCUAUCGACGAAGUGGUUUCCCUGCUCGGUUAACUACCGGCGAGUCCCCGCCAAUAUCUGGAGUAACGCAGCAAAACUGAGCGCGAGGGCGGGGAUGCGGGCGGCGAGUUGAAUACCCAUUCUGGCCUUUUUUUUACGAGAACACCGAAAUCAACCAUGGUUUACUGUGGAAAGGCAUCACAGGGCUGCCAGAACUGUCGAACGAGACGCAUCAAGUGCGACAAAGUCCGCCCUCAGUGUGCGCAAUGCAUCCGGGUGGGUAAGCCGUGUCCCGGGUACCGAGACCAGCUCUCGUUGAUGUUCCGGGAUGAGAGCAGCAAAGUCAUAAAAAGAGCACACCAGCAGUGGGGUGUGCCGGAUACAUCCGAACAGGGAGAAGGAUCAGGAUCUUCGCCAACGCCAUCAACAUCUUCAUCUUCCUCGGCCACCUCGCCAACGUCGACAUCAACAGCAUCUCCAAUUAGUAUACGACGUCGGCUGGCAGCCUCCCAAUCACCACAAUCGGCAUCAUCGGCGAUCACCUUCAAACGAGAAGCCCCCGAACUGGGGUACAGAGUGCCCACGGAGAUAUCCAUCAAUGCCGUCGACAGGGCUAUUCAGUUUUACAUUGAGCAUUAUGUGAUUGGACUUCCAGAUGAGCCAAAGGUCGGGCAGGAGCUUCAAGGAAGGCCAUGGGUCCACUCAGCAGUAACGCGAGAAAUCAUGGCAGCCGUUGGGCUGGCCAGCUUGUCCAACAUCAACGGCGACAAGAAACUGAGUACGUUAUCGAAACAACACUAUGGACGUGCGUUGCACAAUAUUUCGUCCUCCAUCAUGGCCAGGCAUGUUCCGGAGCUUGACCUCGAUGUCAUCCUCCGAGCUGUAGUCAUGAUGGCCAUGUACGAGGUUGUUCGCGGAAGAGACGAGAAGCCAGCCCCUGGAGCGCGAACUCAUAUCAUGGGCGGUGCUGCCAUUCUAACAAGCUUUUUGCCCUUUCAUCAAUCGCAAUCUGAAGGUCUCCGCGGGCUCCUCCAGCUGUGCUUUUCCAUGAUAGCGUCGACCCAGGGCGCCUUCCAGUACACGUCACCAGAACCAAACAACAUGAUCCCCUCCCGACCAGAGCCACAAACCGGCGAAGGAGGCCUACCCCCACCAUUCCAACAAUGGCUUUCUAUGGGCGCCAACAUGGCCACGCCAAAGGAGAUACCAUCGACCGAACUUAUCCUCCCUGUGGUAGAGUUCGUCAAGCUAUCAGGCUAUGUACGAAGCCAACACUUUAUCGACGGACAGCAAGCCACCACCGACAUGAUCGGCACAGCUCUUGCUCUAGACGCGCAGUUUGGCGCCUGGGAGGAUCGCCAGGACGGACCAUGGACCGUCAUCGAAGAGCAAGUCAGCGACAACUUCUUCCCACCAGAUGCGGUCUUUGAGGGCCGUUAUCACAUCUACACCGACAUGUACUUUGCCCGGAUAUGGAAUCACUACCGCUGGGCGAGAAUUAUGCUCAGCCAGCUCCUCAUCGAAAGCGUCCAGCGCUUCCCGAGCAGCAGCUCGUCUCUUAUAUCCGACAAGAAAAUACAGCAAAUACAAGACUGCCUUGUCCGUCUUGUGAGGGACACACUCAUCUCCAUCCCAACACACUACCGGCAUCCAAACCUCCAACCUGAACACCUCGAACACUUUGACAAAACGCAAGGCGGCGCAGUGAUUGGUAUUGCAGGAAUACCGACGUUAUUAUUCGAGAUCAAAGUCGCGGGAGUGGCGCCGGGGAUACCGAGGCAUUACCGAACGUGGGCGAUGGGGAUACUGGAGACGAUAUGGGCCAAGAUGGGGAUGUACCAGUCGAAGGUGUUGUCGGGUAUGCUGGCCAUGACUAUUGAGCCGGAGGGGUCACCAGAAAGGGGGUCACCUGUUUGGAUCAAGGAGGAGGGAUAUCCAUGAGAACUGGGUUGUAUAUGAGGUCACCAAAGUGUGUUUAUACUCUGCUUAAAAGAGUACCACUGCCUCGGAGUUGAAUUUUUCAGGAUAUCUGAAAAUGAAAUCAAAAAUAUUCCCUUCA